CUUUUGUGAACACGCGGGUAUAAAAAGACUGCGCCGGAAAUGUGACGUCCUCUUCUAGUGAUCAAACAUGGCGGAACAGGGUGAGAAAAAGGAGAACCCCAUGAAAGAGCUGCGUAUUCGCAAGCUCUGCCUAAACAUCUGUGUGGGUGAGAGUGGUGACAGGCUAACCCGUGCUGCCAAGGUGCUGGAGCAGCUCACAGGCCAGACACCGGUGUUCUCCAAGGCCCGCUACACUGUGCGAUCCUUCGGCAUCCGCAGAAAUGAAAAGAUUGCUGUCCACUGUACUGUCCGUGGAGCCAAGGCAGAGGAAAUCCUGGAGAAAGGACUCAAGGUGCGUGAGUACGAGUUGAGGAAAAACAACUUCUCCGACACCGGGAACUUCGGCUUUGGUAUCCAGGAACACAUUGACCUGGGCAUCAAGUAUGACCCUAGCAUCGGCAUCUAUGGACUGGACUUCUACGUGGUCCUGGGCAGACCCGGCUUCAGCAUUGCAGACAAGAAGCAGAAGACUGGCCGCAUCGGAUACAAGCACCGCAUCCGCAAAGAGGAGUCCAUGCGCUGGUUCCAGCAGAAGUAUGAUGGCAUCAUUCUCCCUGGAAAGUAAAGGACCACCAGCAAGACCUUGUUUAUAAUAAACUAAUAAAAUUGAAAAAUGCCA